UGGUACGUUCCCCUCUGAUCCCUCUCUUAAGGCCCAAACAGCAGCUGGCGAGAUUAGAGAGGAGAGGACAGUGACACAUACACACAUAGACUGUCCCUCACAGCAACACGGGCGGCCAGGACAGAUCCGGAUCAGACUGGAGUGGGGACGUCCAAACACAUUCCCCCGGCAAGGAUCACCUCAACCGGACCCUUUAUGUCCGUUGAUCUCCAGCAACCUCACAGUGGACCUUGUCUUUUGUUGGAUCCCACAUGCCAUCUUAAUUUGGGGAACAAGACAGAAUUAAGAACAACUCAAGAACCGGUCUUUCUGUGGUAGUUUAAACUCAUUCUGACUGGUUCUGUGCUAUCACACUUCAGCCAUGAGCUGUUUCGGGUACCGCCGAGAGUUAAGUAAAUAUGAGGAUGUUGAUGAGGAUGAGCUUUUGGCUUCCCUCAGCCCCGAGGAGCUGGCUGAGUUGGAAAAGGAGCUAGUGGACAUUGAUCCCGACGCCAACGUACCCAUAGGACUCAGACAGAGAGAUCAGACGGACAAGACCCCAACGGGCACCUUCAGCAGGGAGGCCCUGAUGAAGUAUUGGGAAAAUGAGACACGCAGAUUGCUGGAGGACGAGAUAGGUGGAGGAAGUCCCAAACCGGAUGAAGAACAAGAGGAGUGUGUGACAGAAGAAAACAGUGAAGAGGAUGAAAAAGAUGUUGAAAAUGAGAAAGAACAGAAAAAGAAAGAGAGGGAGGAAGAAGAAGAAGAAGAAGAAGAACAAGAGGAGGAGGAGGAGGAGGCUGAAGAAGAAGAGGAGAGUGGGGAAGAGGAGGAAGCUUUAACAGAAGAGGAGGAAGAGGAAGAAGAGGAGGACGAAGAAGAUAAUAAAUUAAGAUCUGAACCUUCAAAGGAUUCUGGGGUGUUGACGUCACGGGCCGAAACUCUUAUGCUGCUGAAGCCACAGAGGGUGGAGCCCAUGAGACUGACUCCUCCCCCUCCACCUGCCGACCCAAACGCAACCGGAAAUCCAACCAUCGUCGACGAAGCUCUCCAACGAGCUCUUAGUGACGACCCUGAACUCACAGAGGUUAAUCUCAACAACAUUGACGACAUCUCACAGGAAACCCUCAUCCGAUUUGCUGAAGCACUGAGGUCCAACACACAUGUGCGGGUCUUCAGCCUCGCAAACACCCGAGCCGACGACCCUGUGGCUCUGGCCAUCGCUAAGAUGCUGAGGGAGAACUCGUCCAUCACCAGUCUGAAUAUAGAGUCUAAUUAUGUGACUGGGAAAGGCGUGAUGGCGUUGGUUCAAGCGCUUCCUGGAAACAACACCCUAACGGAGCUUCGGUUCCACAACCAGAGACACAUGUGUGGAGGACAGGUAGAAAUGGAGAUGGUGAAGAUACUGAGGGAAAACUACACCUUAAUCAAGCUGGGCUACCAGUUCAACCUGCCUGGUCCCAGGAUGAGCAUGACAGGGAUCCUCACCAGGAACCAGGAUCGCCAGAGACAGAAACGGCUGCAGGAGCAGAGACAGCAGCAGCAGGGCCAACAGGGGGCGCCAGAGGGAGCUGUGAAUCCCAGAACCACUGCACUGAAAGGAACUCCUCGUUCGUCACCUUACAGCUCACCCAGAGGAUCUCCUUGGUCCUCACCCAAACUCCCCAGGAGUGACCAGGCUAAAAAACAGACUCCUCCUGCUCCACCUCCUCCUCCCCCUCCACCGCCUCCUCCACCACCACCUCCUCCUCCACCGCCUCCCCCACAGCGGGAGAAGAAGAAACCCACCAGGAUGAUCGCGGAGGUCAUCAAGGCGCACGAGGCGGGUGGCAAGAAGGUGAAAAAGACAAAAGGUAAGAAGGGCAAGAAGGGGAAGGAGCCGGAGAAAGACGAGACAACCAGCAUUCUGAAGGAGCUGAAGAACGCGCUGAGGCCCGUGGCGAUGGAUAAGAGAGUGGAGGAGAGCAGCAGGCCGUCCACGCCAAUGAGGUCGGCCCACGACCAGCUGAUGGAGUCCAUUCGCAACAGCAGCAUCCGCAGUCUGAGACGGGUGGAAGUCCCACAUCAUCUACGAUAAUACAAAAAGAAGUAAAAGAGGUCUCUCCAUUGCCAUGGAAACCAUGGCGUCUCCCCACUGAUUACGACCGAGUGAUGAAAGCACAAGAUGUUGGGAUUGCUGACAAAGCAAAAACUGAAUUCUUACUCAUAAGAAAGAAAACUAUACUGGAAAUUUGCACUGCAAUAUUAGCUUUACAAGUUUUUUUUUAAAAAAGUAUUUAAGCAUAAUUGGAGAUUUUAAUUUUUAUUUGUAUUUCAAUUUUGAAAUGAGUUGACUGAGCUGUUUACCAUUACGUUUUCUAAUUCACUGUUUUCUUGUAAAAUUGUAAAUACGGUCUGUUGUUGGUUGAAUCAUGUGUUCAUUUCUAAAUAUAGCCAUUUGGUGUUUACAAUAGUA